GCACCGUGCAGCUCCUACUUCACCGGCAGCCAGCGGAGGAGAGCCACCAGUCCGAGUUGGUUAAUCCGAGGCAACGAAACACACCGACUGGCAUCCGCGCCGGAGAGGAGCGAAGAGCCGCGUUCACUUCGUCCUGUCCGCAUCCUCCACACCGCCCCGUGCACGACAGGAUGAACGCAUUCUGGAGGUUUGGACACUUUGGACAGCAGCGCGCAGUGGAAAACAGGAUUUAGUGGAGAAGUUGGCUUUCGCAGCGGCGGUGCCCGAGCCGACGACUCUCGCUGUCAAGUCGUGAGGGGGAUUUCUGACUUUUUUUCCCCACUGUCGCCAAACUGCUCCCCGAAGCGCGAGGACUUACGGAUUUUAAAGUAGUUUUGUGGAUUUUUAUGAAGUUUACAGGAGAAUAACGGCUGUUUUUCUUCUUCUGAAUGCUUGGUGACAUCUGAAAGGCUGAGAUUUGCUGUCAAAACGGGAUACUUUGAGUCAGUAGCGGGGAGUCGUUGGAUAGCUUCUUGCGGCAUUGGAGGCCGCGCUUCUGCUGGACAGCAUGCAAACGGAGGAUGUUGUCUGAGUCUGAGUCGGGCCUUGCUGCUCUGCGUUUCACCUCGUCGUCCAGAGGAAUGACGACUCUGUGGUGCUCACUCUGGCUUUCCUUCCUCCUGCCUCUCUGCGUCGCUCCGGCCAGGAUGCCCACCGCUCAGCCCACAGACUCUGUGUCCAGCGAGACAGCCUUCCUGGAGGACUAUGUUCUGGGCAUGGGGGACACCCUGGAAAUGUCAUGUGACCUGGAAGACCAUUCAGAGCCCGUCGUCUGGUUCAAAGAUGGCGCUGGGCUGGUGCCUAGCAACCGGACGAGACUGGGCCAGAGGAUGUUGCGCAUCAUCAACGUGUCGUACGAGGACUCGGGCGUCUACUCGUGCCGGCUCGCCCACAGCAACACACUGCUCAGCAACUACACCAUCCGGGUGACAGAUUCUCUAUCGUCUGGUGAUGAUGAAGAUUAUGAUGAAGAUCCAGAAGAUGCAGAAGCUCCAUAUUGGACCAGGCCUGACCGGAUGGACAAGAAGCUCUUGGCCAUUCCAGCCGCCAACACCGUCAAGUUCCACUGUACCGCAGCCGGAAACCCAACGCCAACCAUCCACUGGCUGAAGAACGGCAAAGAGUUCAAGGGAGAGCAGAGGAUGGGAGGCAUCAAGUUGAGACACCAGCAGGGGAGUCUGGUGAUGGAGAGCGCCGUGCCGUCAGACCGGGGAAACUACACCUGUGUGGUGCAGAACAAGUACGGCGUCAUCACCCACACCUACCAGCUGGAUGUGCUAGAGCGUUCCCCUCACAGGCCUAUCCUCCAGGCAGGCCUGCCAGCCAAUCAGACGGUGGUGGUGGGCAGCGACGUGGAGUUCCACUGUAAGGUUUACAGCGACGCCCAGCCGCACAUCCAGUGGCUGAAACACAUCGAGGUCAAUGGCAGCCGCUACGGCCCCGACGACAUUCCCUACGUCAGCAUCCUGAAGAGUGUUAUCAGUAAACACACUGAGGCCCACAGUAAGUUGAAACUGUCCAACGUGACAGAGAAAGAUGCUGGGAAGUACUGGUGUCGCGCCUCGAACUUUGUAGGCAAGUCGGAAAAUGCUUUCUGGCUUAAGGUACACAAACCAGCAGUGAGCCCGGAAAAGGAAGACUACUACGCCAACAUUCUCAUCUAUGUGACGGGCUGCGUGCUCUUCAUUCUCGCCGUGGUUAUCGUCGUCCUUUGCCGCAUGAGGAUGACCACGCAGAAGACGCUGCCCACGCCGCCUGUGCAAAAACUAUCAAAGUUCCCCCUCAAGAGACAGGUAACAGUGUCCUUGGAUUCCAACUCCUCCAUGAACUCCAAUACCCCAUUGGUCAGGAUCGCCCGCCUGUCAUCUAGCGACGGACCGAUGCUGGCCAACGUCUCGGAGCUGGAACUGCCCUCCGACCCCAAAUGGGAGUUUCCUCGAACACGGCUGACUCUGGGUAAACCUCUGGGCGAGGGCUGCUUCGGCCAGGUGGUGAUGGCCGAGGCCAUCGGCAUUGACAAGGAGAAGCCCAACAAGCCGCUUACUGUUGCUGUGAAAAUGCUGAAAGAUGACGCCACAGAUAAAGAUUUGUCAGACCUGGUGUCAGAGAUGGAGAUGAUGAAGAUGAUUGGAAAACAUAAAAACAUUAUCAACCUGCUCGGAGCGUGCACUCAGGACGGUCCUCUGUACGUCCUGGUGGAAUACGCCUCUAAAGGCAACCUGAGGGAGUACCUGCGGGCGCGGCGGCCACCGGGCAUGGACUACUCCUUUGACACCUGUAAAAUCCCAGACGAGCAGCUCACCUUCAAAGACCUUGUUUCCUGUGCCUACCAGGUCGCCCGAGGCAUGGAGUACCUCGCCUCGCAGAAGUGUAUCCACAGAGACUUGGCAGCCAGAAACGUCCUUGUGACGGAGGACAACGUUAUGAAGAUUGCCGACUUUGGUCUCGCCAGAGACGUGCACAAUAUAGACUACUACAAAAAGACCACAAAUGGUCGUCUGCCCGUGAAAUGGAUGGCUCCGGAGGCUCUGUUCGACCGGGUCUACACGCACCAGAGCGAUGUGUGGUCCUAUGGGGUGUUGUUGUGGGAGAUCUUCACCCUUGGAGGCUCGCCGUACCCAGGAAUCCCAGUAGAAGAACUCUUUAAGCUGCUGAAGGAGGGACAUCGGAUGGACAAACCUGCCAACUGCACCCAUGAACUGUACAUGAUCAUGAGGGAGUGCUGGCAUGCGGUGCCAUCACAGAGACCGACCUUCAGGCAGCUGGUAGAAGAUCACGACCGGGUUUUGUCAAUGACCUCCACCGAUGAGUACCUGGAUCUGGCGGUGCCCUUCGAGCAGUACUCGCCCACCUGUCAGGACUCCAACAGCACCUGCUCCUCCGGAGACGACUCGGUUUUCGCCCACGACCCGCUGCCUGACGAGCCCUGUCUUCCCAAACAGCUUCCCAGUAACGGGGUGAUUAGGACAUAAAACCUGAGCUGGGGGCCUGGACUUUAACCUCCUCUCACAGUUUGUGACUAACAAACACCUCUCAGUGACUCUGCAUGCAAUACUUCCACAGUGCUUCAGCUCUUCGAUUCGUCUUAAGCUCUUGGUCGAAAUCCUCUGACUGAGUUUUCUUCCUCCUCCCCAAGAGACUCUUGAAACAUUGAAGGAUUAUUUUUUGCCGUUGAACCAUGUUUGUGUUCUUCUUUUCAGAAAUGAAAUUAUAUUUUUGUACUCGGGCCAGUCUUUUGUUACGGACAAUCUGUGGGGUGAAACCAUUCCGUGCCUACUGGGAUAAAAACCUCCGGAGACAAAAAGGAUAUAAGAAGAGGGAAUGAAGGGCAUUGAUCAGUGACUGGCUGGCGAUCCAGUAGGCGAGGACCUCAGAUUUUUAUCCUCUCGUCUGCACAGAGCCCAUAGAUCGCGAUAAAAGUUGGCGAUCUUAAAGACAAUCCGUUGACAAGAUACCAGCAAAGCCAGAAUCAACUCGAUGAUGGGACUUGUUCUUCCCGAAGACACUCAAUAACUUGUCUCAGCUUUUACAGAAGACGUUCAACAACGGAGAGGAUUACAUGAGCAUAUAAAUGUGUUUUCUCAUGAAUUUGUACGCCAUCGUCAUGUUUUAGCAUCCCGAAAAACCAGUUUUGUGAUAAUCAUGGAACAAAUUCCUCAUCAAAUGUCAGGCGAAGUUUCAGGGCCUUUCGGUUAUUAGUACAGUAAGGUUUGGAGAGUUUUUUUAUGUAUCUAGAAAAGGAUUUAUUGUAAAUAUAUAAAUGCAAAUAUGUAUCAUAUUGCUGUUCACAGCCAUGUACUUAAAAGACAAAAAAUUAAAUUUUUUAAAGUAUUGUUUUAGGAUGGAAGCAUUGCAAUCUAGAGGACACUGUCAUGAAAGUGUAAAUCAUUUAAUCAUUUAAAGUGAUACAGAAAAGGUUUAUUUGAAUAAUUAACAUGUAUAUUUGUAAAGAUAUUUAUAGACUUAACAUGUGGUUCUUAAGUUCGAAAGGUCUAGUUUAGGAUUUUAGUACUGUACGCAAAGAUUUUUAUUUCAAUUUUUUGUAACUUAUUUUACAACAGAACUGCGGCGUCAUUUUUCACAACUGGCAGGCUCCUCUGGUUUUUGAUCCAUCUUUUUUUGUUUUGUUUACAGUUUUAAAAAAUAAGAAUGUAUGACAGACGCAAAGAUGAUUUUUGAGAGCGAAUGUGAUUCGACCACCAGAGGAGGACUCGAGAACUGAAGGCUCCCGCUGAAAGGAGCUGGAUGUAUCUGCUGAGUUCAAAUUCUGGUUUGAAAAGUUGACGUUUGCAAUAUCAAAGCAACGAUUAACUCUUGCUGGGCAAGAAAUAGCAGCGCUUCAAGAUAUGUACCAGAGAGGCCUUUUCGUAUGACUGAAGUACUUAAAGACAUACUGAACAUCAACAACUAUCUGUGAAUCAUGAAAAGCCUUUAGAGAACCUCAGCAGCCUGUUUAAGGAACAAUCCUCCUACUGAUACUGUUUCACUGUUCAGUCUGUAAUGUUCAAUACAUUCCAGGUUGAUUGGUAGCCUAUUUGCUACCUAGUGUAAAAACACAAAUCCCAAAAUAAUGCUCUCGCCUGAGAUGUGUAAAUAAGAGUUUAUGAAAAACUACACUUGUCAGCAGAGAUGCUAAAUGAUUCAUUGACUAAAAGAAAACCAUUAGAUAUUAGAGAAGUCAGUCGGUGAACAAGGGAGCAAUUUCAGACACAACUUUAGUGAUGAACUACAUUUCCCAGAAUGCUUUUCAGCCAUUAUCAGAGAACAUGCUUGAACUUGUGUCAUUCAGAAAAAUGUGAAAACAUGCAGGAGAACUACUGUUAGCAAUAGAUUUUUAAGAGCAAACGAACAAAAUAAGAAAGGUGAACGUUGCAGUUCUUACCCCAAAGCUACUCUGCGUUCAGCUGCAAUGCAUUCAGGGGUUUUGAGUCCAGUAAGAUUAAAGAUUUAACAAUGGAUUUAUUCAUGUAUGAUUGUUGGAUGUCAACAUCUCUAGUCUAGAAAAAAGCUCUUGCGCCUUGAUUCUGAGCCUUGACACAAAAAUCUAACGUAUACCGAAUAAAUUAAAUACACCAAAUGACAAAAAGGACCCCAAAAUUCUAAGUAUAUCUGCAUCAUCUGCUGUUUUUUUGAACAGUGUUAAAGCAAUUAUAGGUGGAUUGUUUCUUUUAAAGGUCUCUCUGGUGGCUUCAAACUCUUAUAUUGUAACAGAAAGGUCGAUACUAACAAGAUGCGUGCUAUGUCAAAGUGCACUUGAGCAAGGCACUCAGCACCUGUGUGCACACUCAUGGAUACAAACAUCAGCUUGAAGGCAGAAAUGUAAAGCUUUUAUGUCCUUUUGUGCUUGUGUGUUACUAAAAAAAACCUGCCCAGACGCUUGAGAUUUUAUCGCUGCUCUAUAGUAUUAAUACUGAAAUGAAGGCAUGCUGUACGACUUACAGAUCACGCAGCAAAAAAGAGAAAAUAUAUAUACAGUAUAUAUAUAUGUCGGUUUGUUAAAGGAGACUCUGAAGUCUGUGGUGGAUCCUUCUUCAAGCUUCGUUUGCUAAAAAAAAAAAGUGCCAAAUUAGUCUUAAAAGUCUAUUUCACCGAGUUCUCGAGAUCUCUGAACCAAAUACUGCACUGUCGAAUGUAGGCGGGCGGAGGUUACGUGUGCAGGGAAGGAUCAUGGGAUUGCCAAAUGGAUAUCUCCCCUUUUUUAUGCAGUAGUCUCUCCAGCUGACCCCAAAAAAGCGCAAGGGUAGAAAUGUUUACAGAGUUUGAUUUUAGCUAAGUCACAAAAGGGAAAACACCGUUCAAGUGGCAUUGAAGGGUUCAGAAACAUGAUUCACUCGCUGCUAAAUGGAAACGGUGGUAACACUUUACUUUGCAAUGGCCUUAUUCUAGUGUGUGAACUGAAUUUAAGUAGAGAAAUGUAUUGUAAUUACUCAACAAGACUGUGUCAGUACUUAAUGAAAUCUUCCCCUAUUUAAAGUACUUAAAAGAAUGAAAAUUUGUAUUUAAUUCUAUUGCUACACUGGGAGAUUUUUAUGUUUUUUAGCACCAAAUUAUGUACUUUUUCUUUGGUUUAUGCACAGAAACAAGGCCGUAAAGUGAAAGAUUACACACUGUUAUUGUUAUUUCUGUUUGCAGUAUGGGCCCAAAUCUAUGAAGUGCCUGGAAUAAUUUACAACAAAAAGGAGAUUAAUUGAUUCAUUUUGAUCACGUUUUGAAUGUAUAAUUGCAAAAAAGCCUAAAAAUUAAAUCUCACUAGAAGCAGGCUAUGUAAGUAUUAGCCUCCUUUUUUUUUUUUUUUUUUUUUUCAAGUGAACAAGACAAAAAGGCACUUGUGUAAAGGUUGGAUGGAUCUAAUGAAACGGAGGGUGUUUUGUUUUAUUUAUUCUUCCAUGCUGGGUAAAAGCUUUCCCUAUGGUGAGAGUAUUUUUAUUCAUAUCGAUCUGCUUUUCAGUGUUGUUUUUCAUUAAAGGGCCAGAAGAUGAUGAUGAUGAUGAUGAUGAUGAUGAUGAUGAUGAUGUUGAGUAGCCAUUUAGCUAAAUACUAAUGCCCCCCAUCAGGCUUUGCUCCUGGCUUAAUUUAUCCUUUAUUUUAUUUGGAUUCCCUCCCUGGCCUUUUUGCUGUAUCCUUGUUGAGCAUUUUACUCUGAUACUGACGGCACCUGUUUUUCUGUUAGAUCACUUUAAAAAAGGAUGUGUUGUUUUUAACAUGUGUCUUGUAUAUGGCAACAAAAGUAAAGUUACUGCAUGUUCCAAAAUGCUGGAUAUCCAUAAUAGCAGAAAAAAAUGGUCCUCUGAUCAGCACAGUCAGCAGCGGUGGCACACAGCUCAUGGAAGCAAUUUUAACCUUUAGCGCCUGAUUGCUGCAAUUUGCGGCAAAACAAUACUCCUUCUCUGAGUCAUAACUCUGAACAAUCUGAACACAAAGACAUAAUACACAUAUUUAAAUAUCCAUAAAUCCCCUUACAAAUCAUAAAAAAAGACUCUCCUUAUGACUCCAGAACUUGCCUGAGAAUCACCACGUUUCAGUUUCAAAGUAAUACCGUGAUAGAUUUCUGUACAUCCAUGGGUACAUUGCAAACAAGAACUGUUAAUAGCUAAUUCGGCAUAUUAUUAAUAGUGCCAAUUUUCCAACAUGUAAAGAACUAACAAUAAAAAGCUUUAAGCUUCUAGUUGGGGGUUCCCUGUGGCGACUGUCGAUUUGAGAUUUGGGGGCCAGCGUUGCUAAGAGACGCGAUGUCAGUUACCAUGGUGAGCUACCAUGGAGCUGGAGCACACCAUAAUCCUGUAUCCUACAAACGUUGAUGCAAGACAGAACAAGCCCACAUAGUGUUGGUUACAUAUCAUUAGGGAUUUAAGACAUAUGUCCCUUUACAACAUUAAACAUUUACAAUAAAGUAUUUCUGAUAUUUGGGAGGACCCACUGUGCUGUUACACAAUGGGUCACAAAGUGGAAAGUGGGAGCUAAUUAGCCUAGCUUGCAAACAUUAACAUUCCCACUAGACAUUACUUUUGGUUCAUGUUAUUUCAGCACUUCACCAAAAUUGGAAAUAAAUACAUUUAAUUGAUAUAAUAAUAAUAAUAAUAAUAAUAAUAAUAAUAAUAAUACUGUUUCCUAUGAUUUAUGAUGCUGGUUUAAGUUUCAGUAGCUUUUUCAUCAUGAUAGGAAUACUCAUUUCAAAUUUAACAGUAUUUGUAUCAGCAAACUAUCUUCAGCUCUAAUGCAAAAAUAUCAGUAUUAGCCUUGAUAACCAGAUGUGUGUUGCUCAACACAUGUUAAAAACAACAAAUCCUUUUAAGAGUGAACAUGUUUUCUUUGCUAUUGAAUGAACCAACACCACGGCCUCAGCAGGGAGGGACUCUUACUGUAUGUACAGUCACACAUUGGCCUUUAACCACCUGUCGUCUCCACUCUGACUGACUUAUUUAUUCUCUUUUCUGUUCAACAAAAAGAAAAUCAGGAUUGAAGACGAAACUGGGAGGAGAGAGGUGUUACCUCGACUUCUUUUGGUGUCGGAUAUCGAUCCUUUCCUUUCAGAGAUAUCAAAACUAUACAUAUUUCUCAUGUUUUUGUUUAUUUUAUUUUAUUUUCCAGGUUGGAAUGGUUAGUUUUCACACAGCCCUCUGCUUUUCAUCCCAUUUUUCAUUUUAUCAUGCAGUUCUAACCUGACAAUGUUAGUCCAGAUUAAUUUAUAGUUUGAAAUAUGCUUUUACGUUGCUGAUGUACAUGAGUAGAGUUUUAUGUAGCUGUGUGAGCUAUUUUGUAAGAAUCUUAGAGAGGAAAUGAUUUUCUUAUACAGUUUAUUUUAUUUCCGUUACGUCACGUUUCAUUUUGCAUUCCACAUCAGGUUUUUUUUUACAACAAUAGUGAGAAAAAAUCAUGUUUGUCCUUUGAUUUUUUUUCCCAAUCCCACAUAAUUUAUUUUUCCUCCCUCUGUAUUCAUGUUUCUAACAUAGAAAGGUGGAACUAACCAUUUGGCAUUAUGUGAUUUUUUUAUUUUUAAAUCAUAGCUUGUUUGUUGCAAUGUACCUGUUUUGAUCAUGAUGAAUCCUCUGUAACAUUCCUCCACAACAGCCCCUCUGGGCAAACAACAAACAACUAUUUCACAACUCUCUCUCUCUCUCUCUCUCUCUCUCUCUCUCUCUCUCUCUCUCUCUCUCUCUGUGCCUGACAAACUAUGCUGUCAAAAAAGGUUUUCAAUAAACAUGUUUAAAUAGC